AUGGACAUUCCUUGGAUUGAAAAAUAUAGACCAAAUUCCAUAGAAGACCUUAUAAGCCACGAUGACAUUUCGAAAACAAUCUCGAGAUUCAUCGAUCAGGACAGAUUGCCACAUUUACUCUUUUAUGGACCACCUGGAACAGGAAAGACUAGCACAAUCCUGGCUGCAGCAAAGCGCCUUUAUUCCCGUCAGUUUAACUCUAUGGUCUUGGAGCUAAACGCAUCUGAUGAUCGUGGAAUCGACGUUGUUCGUGAACAAGUGUUAAGCUUUGCAAGCACAAAGACCCUUUUUGCUGGCAAAUUCAAGCUGGUUAUUUUAGAUGAAGCGGAUUCUAUGACCAAAGAUGCUCAAAAUGCUCUACGUAGAAUUAUCGAAAAGUUUACUGAAAACACUCGCUUUUGCCUCAUAUGUAACUACUUGUCUAAAAUCAUUCCCGCUAUACAGUCACGAUGUACAAAGUUCCGCUUCGCUCCACUCGCGUUUAAUGAUGUCAGUUUAUGUCUUCGAAAAAUUGCUUCAAGUGAAGGUGUUCGUUUGACAGAUGAUGGUGUGAAGGCUAUAUUUCAGUUCGCAUCUGGUGAUAUGCGGAAAUCUAUCAACUUAUUACAGAGUGCAUCGAUGUCAUCGGAAACUGUUGAUGGAUCAGCUGUUUACGCUUGUGUUGCCUAUCCAUCACCGGAUGAAGUUCGUUCACUUCUAGAUCAUGUACUGAAUGAACCUUUAAGUACUGCAUACCAAAACAUUGUAACUGCAAAGAAUUUAAAGGGAAUCGCACUUCAGGAUAUCAUCACAGAAAUUCAUCCUUUGAUAAUGCGAAUUGACUUACCGGAUGCUGUUCGUUGUGAUUUAUUGAUUGCUAUGUCAGAUAUAGAACAACGUAUGUCACAAGGUUCAUCUGAAAGACUACAAUUGAGUGCAUUUAUAUCAGCAUUUACUCGGGCUAAAGCAGCUUUAGAGUCUACAAAAUGUUAA